AUGGAUACGGAGAUCGAUCAGAAUCUGGAGCAGAUAACGCGUGAAUAUGUUGAUUUUUUGGACGACAUGGAAGAUCAAGGCAUAUAUGCCACGAUGGUUAAAAAUAUGGUUCAGGAAAAUAAAUAUAGACUAGUUGUAAAUAUCAAUGAUUUGAGAAGGAAAAAUCCUGUACGUUCAGCAAGCUUGUUAAAUAAUUCUUUUGAGGAACAAUUGGCAUUUCAAAAUGCUCUAAAACAAUAUAUUUCGAGCAUAGAUAUUGAGUAUGCCAAGAGCAACAAAGAUUUCUUCGUAGCUUUUGAAGGUAGCUUUGGAAACAAACAUGUUACACCAAGAACACUUACCUCACAUUAUCUGGGUAACUUGGUAUGCCUGGAGGGUAUUGUCACAAAAUGUUCAUUGGUCCGACCAAAAGUUGUAAGAAGCGUUCAUUACUGUGAUGUGACCAAAACAGUUCUAGAAAGAGCCUACUCGGAUCUAACUUCCUUGGAUGCUUUUCCACAUUCCGCUAUUUAUCCAACUACUGAUGAAGAUGGCAAUCCACUGGAAACAGAAUUUGGUUUGUCCACUUACAAAGAUCAUCAAACACUCACUAUACAGGAGAUGCCAGAGAAAGCUCCAGCCGGACAACUACCACGAAGCGUGGACGUAAUCUGUGAUAACGAUUUGGUGGACUUGUGCAAACCCGGAGAUCGAGUACAGAUUGUUGGAAAUUAUCGAUGUCUCCCUGGAAAACAAGGCGGAUACACGACUGGCACUUUUAAGACUGUUCUAAUCGCCAACAAUGUGAUGCAACUGAGCAAGGAAGCCAAUCUCGCGAUUUCCCACGACGACGUGGCCAUGUGCAAAAAAAUGGCAAAAAACAAUCCCUGUAAAAAUAUUUUCGAACUUCUCGCAAAGUCUCUUGCACCAUCUAUACAUGGACAUGAAUACAUUAAAAAGGCGAUCUUAUGUCUUCUGUUAGGCGGAGUUGAAAAGAUUUUGCCAAACGGUACGAGGCUAAGAGGAGAUAUAAACGUGUUGCUAAUUGGAGACCCAUCAGUGGCUAAGUCACAGCUACUGCGUUAUGUGUUGUGUACUGCUCCACGGGCAAUUCCGACCACCGGACGUGGAUCCUCUGGUGUUGGUCUGACGGCGGCUGUUACGGUUGACCAGGAAACUGGCGAGCGUAGGCUAGAAGCAGGAGCGAUGGUGCUGGCGGAUCGCGGUGUCAUUUGUAUCGACGAAUUUGACAAGAUGUCAGAUAUCGACAGGACAGCAAUACACGAGGUGAUGGAGCAGGGCAGAAUCACGAUUGCCAAAGCAGGCAUUCACGCCAGUCUGAAUGCUCGUUGUUCAGUAUUGGCAGCUGCGAAUCCUGUAUACGGAAGAUACGAUCAGUACAAGACACCUAUGGAGAACAUCGGCCUACAGGAUUCUCUGCUAUCGCGUUUCGAUUUGCUCUUCGUUAUGCUAGAUGUGAUCGAUUCAGAUCAGGAUCAUGUAAUCAGUGAUCACGUUGUCAGGAUGCAUCGAUACAGAAAUCCUCUAGAACAAGAUGGGGAAGCUUUGAGUUUAGGUUCUAAAUUGGAUAUGUUAACCACGAAGAAUCCGGAUGAUGUGGCUAUCGAGGAGGCACAGACCCAAGUUUAUCAGAAAUACGAUCCGCUUCUACAUGGACAAACGCGUUCCAAAAAGGAUCAGAUUCUCACCAUACAGUUCAUGAGAAAGUACAUUCACAUCGCACGAUGCAUGAAACCCAAGCUCACAGAAGAAGCCAGCGCCGUUAUUGCAGAGGAAUAUUCGAAACUUCGAUCGGAAGAUAUGGUGGAAUACGAUGUUGCGAGAACUCAACCGGUAACCGCGAGAACUUUGGAGACUUUGAUCCGGUUGGCGACGGCGCAUGCAAAAGCACGGCUCUCGAAGAACGUUGAAGAUGAAGAUGCGCGCGCCGCAAUAGAGCUGGUGCAAUUUGCCUAUUUCAAGCGCGUACUGGAAAAAGAAAAAAAGAAGCGACGACGUCGUGACAGCGAUGCAUCCGAGAAUGCAGACGAUAUUGAAGAGAGUAGACAGCCGAAACGAAGUAAAAAGACAAAAGAUUCAGAUGAUCCGUACGAAUAUGAUAGCGACGAUGCUCUCGAUGUGACAACCAGAAGAACAACCAGGACACAGUCGCAAAGGAUUAGCACGCCGCCAGAAACUAUGGAAACUAUGGAAACUAUGGAAAGCGUGGAGACAUCCACUCCACAAACGGCGACGCCAACAAUCACGCAGGAAAGAUUUGCAAUUUUCAAGUCAUCGCUUCACAAAUUGUUCCAAGAUCGAAGAAUUCAGACAAUUCCACUAAGAGAAGUCACCAGUUAUCUAAACACAACACAAUCUUUGAAUUUUACAAACGACGAGAUUAACGCCGCCAUCAACACCAUGACUGAAGCAAAUCAAAUUAUGGCAGCGGAAGGCAACAUCUUCCUAAUAUAACAUCUUACUGGUAAUGUUUUAUGUUUUUUUUUUGUUUUUUUUUUGUUUUUUUUUUUUUAGGUAAUUGAAACACGUGCGCGGAUAUCAUUUGAAAUAAAAACUUUCAUUCGAUGCAAGAUGCAAUUGUUAGAAUAUUACAAGUAAAGACUCAUCCAACAUGAUUAUGAAUAAUCAAAACUUUUAUAUGAGAUAUGUAGUGAUGACAUAUCAUGCGAUU